AUGGCUGCCACCUGUGAGAUCAGCAACGUUUUUAGUAACUACUUCAACGCCAUGUACAGUUCAGAAGACCCCACCCUGGCUCCCGCUCCUCCAUCGACUACCUUUGGCACAGAUGACUUGGUGUUCACCCUGAACAACCCCCAGAUGUCGCUGGACGGUCCAGGACCUCAGACAAGAUCCCAAAGGGACAUCAGAACCGGGUCCUGUGUUGACCCUCUGGCUGUACUCCACCUUUCAGAGAAGGCAAGCUGGUCAGGGGAGCAGCCCCAGUUCUGGUCGAAGACGCAGGUUUUGGACUGGAUCAGCUACCAAGUGGAGAAGAACAAAUACGACGCCAGUUCCAUCGACUUCUCGCGAUGUGAUAUGGAUGGGGCCACCCUCUGCAGCUGUGCCCUUGAGGAGCUACGGCUGGUCUUUGGGCCUCUGGGAGACCAGCUCCAUGCCCAGCUUCGGGACCUCACCUCCAGCUCUUCUGAUGAACUCAGCUGGAUCAUUGAGCUGCUGGAGAAAGAUGGCAUGGCCUUCCAGGAGGGCGUAGGAGACUCGGGCCCCUUUGAUCAAGGAAGCCCUUUUGCCCAGGAGCUGUUGGAUGAUGGCCGCCAGGCCAGCCCCUACUAUGGCGGUAGCUAUGGCCCUGGAGCGCCCUCCCCUGGUAGCUCUGAUGUCUCUACUGCAGGAACCGCUACACCCCAGAGUUCCCACUCCUGUGACUCCGGGGGAAGCGACCUGGACCUGGAUCUCACUGACAGCAAGGUCUUCCCUAGAGAUGGCUUUCCUGACUGUAAGAAGGGGGAACCCAAGCAUGGGAAGAGGAAACGGGGGCGUCCACGAAAGCUGAGCAAGGAGUACUGGGACUGCCUAGAGGGCAAGAAGAGCAAGCAUGCCCCCAGAGGCACUCAUCUGUGGGAGUUCAUUCGGGACAUUCUCAUCCACCCUGAGCUCAACGAAGGCCUCAUGAAGUGGGAGAACCGGCAUGAGGGUGUGUUCAAGUUCCUCCGCUCAGAGGCCGUGGCCCAACUGUGGGGCCAAAAGAAAAAGAACAGCAACAUGACCUAUGAGAAACUGAGCCGGGCCAUGAGGUACUACUACAAACGCGAGAUCCUGGAACGGGUGGAUGGCCGGCGCCUCGUCUACAAGUUCGGCAAGAACUCCAGUGGCUGGAAAGAGGAAGAGGUGACAGAGAGUCUGAAUUAAGGGUCAGGACUGGACCCCGGACCUGACUCAGACACGAACUCAGAACUGAAACUUUCCUGGAAGGACAGGCAGGCCGGAAGGCCCCCUUGAUGUGGAUGUGUUCCCUGUGUUGCUGUGGAGAGGAGGAACCUGCGGGGUGUAUUGGAUCCUGAAGUGCAGCCUGUGGCCUCUCCUCGCCCUCCUUUUGGAAUUACAAGCCCCAGGGUUUGAAGUGACUUGUUCGCUGACUCUACAGCUGUGAGGCCAGCUCCCUCCAGUCCCAGCGCUGACUGCAGAAGAGAACCACCUGCGGAUGCCCGGACUCGGGCCCAGGAGGCUGGGGAGACUGUGGGAGGGAGAGAGUACAGAAGGGACAGGGCUGUGUUCUCCAGCACUUCUUCCUGGACUGACUUCCACCUCUCAGUACUCGGGCUCCACAGGCGAGGCUUGGAGUGUCCCUAAUUUAUGUGCUAUAAAUAUUUCAGGUGUACAUAGAGAGCUAUUUUUUCUAAAGCGUUCCCCUCCCUGAUCUCCCACUGAAUGCCGGUGGCCAGAUCGACUGUUCUAGGGCUCCUAUGACUGGACCAGUGAGAAGUGGGGUGAUGCCAGACCCCCCAAGAUGGGGUUCCUGGAUCUCUUUUCCUGUGAAUGGAGGCUUAGGCCUCCA